GGCGGCGGCCGGACGUUGGGAGCGCGGAGGAGGAAGGCGAGAAAAUGGCGUCGACGGAUUAUAGUACCUAUAGCCAAGCUGCAGCUCAGCAGGGCUACAGCGCGUAUGCACCUCAGCCAGCUCAAGGAUAUGCACAGACCACCCAGACGUAUGGGCAACAGAGUUACGGAACCUAUGGACAACCCACCGAUGUCAGCUACACACAGCCCCAGACGACUGCGACGUACGGGCAGACUGCGUAUGCAACGUCCUACGGGCAGCCUCCUACCGGUUAUACCACCCCGACUGCCCCCCCGGCGUACAGUCAGCCCGUCCAGGGGUACGGCACAGCCGCCUACGAUACUAACACCGCUACGGUUACCACCACCCAGGCUUCCUACGCAGCACCGUCCGCUUACGGCACCCAGCCCGCCUACCCAGCCUACGGGCAGCAGCCAGCAGCGUCCGCUCCCGCAAGACCCCAGGAUGGCAGCAAACCAGCAGAGACCAGCCAGCCGCAAUCGAGUACGACAGGCUACAGCCAGCCCAGCCUAGGGUAUGGACAGAGCAACUACAGCUAUCCUCAGGUGCCUGCCAGCUACCCUAUGCAGCCGGUCACUGCGCCUCCCUCCUAUCCUCCUACCAGCUAUUCCUCCACACAGCCAAGCAGUUACGAUCAGAGCACUUACUCCCAGCAGAGCACCUACGGGCAACAGAGCACCUACGGACAGCAGACUAGCUAUGGCCAGCAAAGCAGCUACGGGCAGCAGCCGCCGCCGACUAGUUACCCGCCCCAGACGGGAUCCUACAGCCAGGCCCCGAGCCAGUACAGCCAGCAGAGCAGCAGUUACGGCCAACAGAGCUCAUUCCGUCAGGACCAUCCUAGCAGCAUGAACGUAUACGGACAGGAUUCCGGAGGCUUUUCGGGCCCAGGAGAGAACCGGAAUAUGAGCGGCCCUGAUAACCGGGGCAGGGGAAGAGGGGGAUAUGAUCGCGGAGGCAUGAGCAGAGGUGGGCGGGGAGGAGGACGCGGUGGAAUGGGGUUACAAAGUGAGAGCCUUGUAUACACUUCAAUACUUAAAAAGUACCCGUACUCAGUACUCAGCCGGCAGCAUAAUGAAAAGUGGGACUAGACACGGUGUCCAUAUGGAGAGGAAAAAUAUACAUAGAAUAUUUUUAACCAAAUGUAUUCAUUGUAUAAAUGGAAUCCUUCUGUAACUUUGGUAACUGCAUACUUGUUGUUUGGUAAUAAAACCAGAGGAGGUAUACUACUUUAGCAUUGUGUAACGUUAAAAAGUGUAAACGUAUAUGUUUAAAAAGAGAGACAUUACGUAAAUGGUGUGUACUUUAACGAAAGCAGGCAAAGCUGCAUGCAACAGCUUGAAACUGUGUAUUGACGACGUUUUUUUUUCCAGUAUUAGAGGUGCAAUACUUGCUAGAAAAUAGGCGGUGCUCUCCCUCCUCUGCUCGUCUCCUUCCAAACAGCUUUUUGUCUCUCCAAAAAGAGCAAGAAACAUCAAAAUCCUUUUCAGGUGGCAUUUUCCUCAUUAACCAGCGCUUGAAAGCAGUCUUAGCUGAACGCUUCAGCCAAAGCUUUCGACGAAAGCUGCGGCCGUCGGUUUGCAUUGGCGCCUGCCAAAAUCUGCCGUUCUGGUCUGUGUCCACAAAGCUGCACCCCAGGCCUUCGAGCCCCCGCUGUAUUCUGUAAGCUCUCCCUCCACAGAGACUUGUUAAAUUCAGUAGCGACCUGAAUGUAUGGCUUUAUACCGAGGUUUUUAGCGGAAAUGUCAUCUGAACUGUGUUGUAGGUAUCGCGUAUGGUUGUCUCCUACCUUUUUUAACUGUUAAUGUCAGGGACCCGCGGGCUCGUUUCGCUCUCGUGCUGCGAGAGGCUGAGGGUGCACCUUUAUGUACACACGGAGGGGAGGGAGUUGACCAGCGAAUGACCCCACGAUUUCUCUCGAAGCAAAAGCCCAAUUUAUAACGCUCGAAAACAUUUUUUGCCAAGUAUUGCACUGAUAAUACCCGUACAAGUAAUGCAAGGGUACCGACAGCAAAGUGGUGUCCAAAACCAGACAAGCGAGGUUGCGUAUUUGUAAAGGAAAUUUGAGCGAGCUGCCCUGAAGAAAGGCAUAGUGCCGAGAUGAGAGAGAGAGAGACAGAUGCAUUGUUUGGAGAUGUUUAGCCAGUGCCCUUCUUCCCAGUGAGCCGCAGAGGCUCAGAGCGGUACUGGCUUUGUAAAGGGAAAGGCCUUCAUUUCUUCGUUUAUCCCCCAGCAGCGCUGGAGAGCGAGGUGGCUUCAAUAAGCCUGGUGGUAAGUUUUUGAGCAUUACAAUGGAUAGUGUUUA